CACUACUACUACUAUUCCAUAUAUAUACAACGUGGAGUAGAGAGAGGAAUAGAAGGAGGAGAGACCAAAAUAAAAGAAGAAGAGAAUGCUAUGGAUUCUCUUCCUGGGACUGUUCCUGGUGUGCGCGGGGAUGAGCCUGGUGUUCGCGCUGUACCUGUGCCUUCUGUGGUACGCGGCGAUCCGCUCCCCCACCGCGGCAGCAGCAGCAGGAGCAGCGGCAGCGGACGCGGCGGCAGCAGCGCCGGGGGAGAAGGGGUUGACGGAGGCGGAGCUGGGGCGGCUCGGCGGCGCCGGGGACGGGGCGUCAGUGGGGGAAGGCGGCGCGGAGUGCGCGGUCUGCCUGGACGACAUCGAGGCCGGGCAGGCGGCGCGCGUCCUCCCCGGCUGCCGCCACGCCUUCCACCGCAGCUGCGCCGACCGAUGGCUCGCAUCGCACCCCCUCUGCCCCCUCUGUAGGGCUCGACUCCUCCCCCCUCCUCCUCCUCCUCCGAUAACCGACGCUCCCUCCGAUUGAAAAGUUGUCAUUAAAGAUUAUUUCUGAAUUGUUUUCUAUUACAUUAUCUUCUCGCUGAGCAGCAUUUAUUUAGUCCCCAUAGUUUUUAAUUAAUCUCCCCAUUUACAUUUAUAAUUGGUCAAUUUAUUAUCUUGUUUAGUUAGCAUUUUCGUUGCUUGUUUGAAA